UACGCGAUUUAUGCGCCCUAAAGUUUAUUCGAAUGGAAUAAAUAAAAAAAUCAAUGAUUCUCUAACGAAAAGUGCAUUGUUUUCAACGACGACAUUAAAGUUACGGAGUGAAAGAUCCUCGAGGAGUACGCAUCGUCGACGCGAAUAUCUAUCGGACAAAACUGUCACACCGAAUCAACGCCAGACUUCUUCACUUUACGAAGCCGCGAGGAAUGCAAAAGAUGAUUUUUUCGAUCGCCUGAGAGGUCCUAAUGAGUCGAGAAAAGUCAAUUUCCUUGAAAAAAUAUUCAAUUUAUCACCAAGCCUUAAACCUUGGAACGAGGAAACACUUGAAGAAAUAUUGUUGGAAUUUGAGAAGUCUAAAGAUGUUAGACGACAGAGCACAGAAAUGGGCGUUCAAAUAAUGAAAUUUCGUUCAGCAAUAAGGAAAUUCGUCGAUGAAGUUUGGCAAGAAAAUAUAAAGCAAUGUAGUAGAGAAACGUUAAAAUCAACUUAUGUAGAGGGCGGGAAAGAUGCAGUUGAAAAGUUGCUCAAAGCAGCCUUUAUGGAAUUUUCUCAAGAUUUCAUGUCCGAUGAGGAUAAGGAAAGGUACAACUCUCUGAAACAAUUGAGCGAUCUAAGUUUUCCAGCGGAAUGGCACCCGGUCGCGAGAACUAUACAACGCAAAAUAAUAUGUCAUGUUGGGCCUACAAAUUCGGGAAAAACUUACAACGCUCUAAAAUGUUUGGAAGGUGCCAAUUCAGGUUUAUAUUGUGGGCCUCUACGUUUACUGGCUCAUGAAGUCUUUGAUCGUUUUAACAGUAAAGGGAUCCCAUGCAACCUUGUGACUGGAGAGGAAAGAAGGGAAUUAGAGGGUACUUAUGUGCCUCUAACAUCUUCCACUAUUGAAAUGGCUAAUUUGCAAAAGCAGAUAGACGUAGCAGUCGUUGAUGAGAUUCAAAUGAUUAGCGACACGCAAAGAGGAUGGGCAUGGACUCAGGCACUUUUGGGUUUACAAGCCAAAGAAAUUCAUUUGUGCGGUGAACCUUCGGCCGUACCACUUAUUCGAUCAAUUUGUGAAAGCAUUGACGAAGAAAUUGAAGUUCGAGAAUAUAAGCGUCUUUCAGAACUCGAAAUAUGUCAAAGUUCACUCGACGGAGAUCUCCGGAAGAUUCAGAAAGGCGAUUGCGUUGUUACAUUUUCCAGGAAAUCUAUUUUUAGUCUAAAACAUGAGAUUGAAGAAGCUACAGGCCUUCGCUGUGCUGUUGCUUAUGGUGGCCUGCCGCCAG